AUGUUGCACACCGCAGCAGCUGCAUCAGCAUUCGAUAUUCAGGGAAAGAUUCCCGUUCAGAACCCUGUGGUGGAGCUGGAUGGCGAUGAAAUGACGCGCAUUCUGUGGGCUUGGAUCAAGGAGAAAUUAAUCCUGCCGUACCUGGACGUCCAUCUGAAGUACUUUGACCUUUCCCUUCCCCACAGAGACGCCACCGAAGAUCAAGUCACACUGGAUGCAGCGGAGGCAAUUAAGCGGUUCAGCGUUGGCGUGAAGUGUGCCACAAUAACACCAGAUGCCGCAAGGGUUAAGGAAUUCAAGCUCAAGCAGAUGUGGAAGAGCCCUAAUGGAACAAUACGGAACAUUCUGGACGGAACCGUCUUCCGUGCUCCCAUCUUGAUCAACAACGUCCCUCGCCUUGUGCCGGGGUGGCGGAAGCCGAUUGUUAUUGGGCGCCACGCGUAUGGCGAUCAGUACAAGAGCAAAUCCUUGAUAUGUGAUGGGCCUGGAGAUUUCGAGAUCGUUUUCAAGCCCAAAGAUGGGCGGCAAGAAUUGAGAGAAACAGUCUUCAGCUUUUCAGGACCAGGGGUAAUGCUUGGAAUGUACAACACUGUGGAGAGCAUUAAGGGUUUCGCCAUGAGCUCAUUCAACUUCGCCCUCGCCCAGAAAAUGCCACUGUACCUGAGCACUAAGAACACCAUCCUGAAGGAGUAUGACGGCGUGUUUAAAGACAUCUUCGAGGAAAUCUACAACUCCCAUUUCAAGCAGCGAUUCGAAGCAACCGGAAUAUUCUAUGAACACCGAUUAAUUGAUGACAUGGUGGCACAAGCCCUUAAGUCAGAAGGCGGCUUCGUGUGGGCGUGCAAGAACUAUGAUGGAGAUGUACAGUCAGAUAUUGUCGCCCAAGGGUAUGGUUCCCUGGGGCUGAUGACAUCUGUACUGGUCUGCCCGGAUGGCAAGACGGAAGUGAGCGAAGCGGCUCAUGGAACAGUGACACGGCAUUUCAGGCAGCAUCAAAGAGGAGAGAAAACAUCCACCAACCCGAUCGCAUCAAUUUUUGCGUGGACCAGGGGAUUGGCACACCGGGCUAAAUUGGACAACAAUCCACGGCUUGAGCAAUUCUGCUUGGCCUUGGAAAGAGCGUGCAUUCAGACCGUUGAGUCCGGGGCGAUGCCUAAAGAUCUGGCGAUCUGUGUGAAGGGCGCUGAUAACGUAAAAGCGAGUGACUAUCUGACAACGGAGGAGUUUAUUGAUGCAAUUGCCGAUACUCUGAAAACGAAUCUGAUCACGCAUCAGCCGCCGCACAGCUGCCAAGAUAGCCGAGGGAAACUAUGCAAUCCCAACUGGGAUCACUAUGCUCCUUCAGAACACAACUCAGAUGUCGACGAUCAUGACGGCCGCACCAAGUGA